ACAGGCAUGCUGCGGAGGGUGGCCUUGCUUGUGGGGCUCCUCAUCCUGGGGGCCCACAUCUGCAGUUUCCAAUUUGUAGACAUCGAUAAGAACUUGCAGUAUGUCAUGAUUACUGCGGAGUAUGCCGUGUUUCAGUUCAACGAAGACCAGGAGGAUGAGUUCGCCUACAAGUUUCUGCGGGUCCGGAAAAGCCAGCGCCAGAUGUUUUCUUGGAUAUAUUUAAUCGACAUGGAAUUGGGCCGCACAGUUUGUAAAAAGCGUGAUGAAGACAUUGACAAUUGCCCAUUGCAAGAAGGCGCAGGAGAGAAAAAGGUGCGCUGCUCUUUUCAUGUGGAUGCCCAACCCUGGAUUACCCAGUUUACUCUCCUAAACAGCACCUGUGUGCAGACAUAGGUGGGGAUGAAGGCCCUGGCUUUCCACUGUAGAAGUCCCUUUCCUUCUGGGGUGUGACAGUCUGUAGUCGCAGGUUGGUGCAGUAAGUACCAGCAGAAUUAAAGGCAUCUCAGCACUUUCAGGUC